GGGAGGCUGCGCCGUUACGUUGCGUUUGCCGCCUAGUCUUCGCCUCCACUGCCUUCCUUGGGUUUGCCUUCCACGGAGGAAAAAAGUAACGUCUUGACGGUCAGUUCGGCUGGCGACCGUGGAGAGAAAUUUGUUGCAACGGCAAGAAGUUCGAAUCGUUCUGAGGACCUUGUGGCACCAUCGUUCUCCUCCGCGGAGCGCUAGUUCCCUGUUCGUAUUACAGGACGUGCUUUCGUAUGUAAAACAUGACCUUUUCUCCAGUAGUUAUACGCGCGGCAAUGGUAUCGAUCGCUCCCACACUUCCCAACUGUCUUCACUACCACCAUCGAUAUCCUCCGCCGACGAUCCUAUAACGAUCCAUGUACCAUGCCAAGCAGCAAGACAUACUCAAACUAGACUUUCUAAUCGUUGGAGGAGGUCUGUCAGGGCUGGCCACAGCGCACGCACUCGCAUCGUCUGGUCAUCACGUACGAGUCUUCGAGGCCUCCUCGUACAACACCAACUCUGUCGCCAGUGGCUUCCGAGUAACAUCAAACGGGUGCAAAGUCCUUGAACAAUGGGGUGUCUGGGACGAGUUCACCAAGCUCGGGUGCAAGGUGCCGUCAUGCGAGUUCGUCGAUCUCGUGACGGGUGUGCGAGAGGGAUAUCUUGGAUGGCCAGACGAGGUUUUGAAGGAACUUGGCGGUGAAUUCUAUACAAUAUCCUAUAACGACCUUCGCGAUCUUCUACAUCGCCUCGCUCUCAAAUCAGGAGUCGAGAUAAUAACGAACGCCACUGUGGCCACAGUCCAGCCUCCUAUCUCGGACGAGCCUGAAGAAACCCCUUCAUCACAGUCGGAGCUCGAUCCCACGAAACCCACUGUUACACUUACUACUGGCGAAGUCUACCAAGGUGAUCUUGUCGUAGGCGCGGAUGGACAACGAGGUAUGGUCCGAGAUGUCAUAGAGGAGAUUCCCAGAGCACCACCGGGUGGCAAGGUCAUCUAUAAUGGUAUCCUCCCCGUCGAGACGUUGCAGAGCAACGAACUGUUGCGAGAUAUUUUAGAGAUUCAGAUUCCCAUAUGGAUGGGCAGUGGUUACUACGGUAUUGCAUUUCCUAUUCGUGACUUCAAGUUUUGGUUGUUCCAAUUCUGGCAAAUCGAGGACCUUGACGACAACGAGCCACAGGGAUGGGGAACGACGGUCCCUACUAGCUGCUUGAAGUAUGGUGACAACAUUGAUCCACGACUAAAAAUCGUCAUUGAGCACAUACCCUUCUUCGAGCGCGUAAAAACGGACAUCCUUCCUCACGCCGAAUCAUGGCUGGAUGAGUCAGAAACUAUCUUUAUCACUGGCGAGGCCGCACAUCCGAUGCCCACUUGCGCUUUCACUGCGGCAGCUAUCAUGCUCGAAGAAGCCAGCUUCCUCGGCGCGCUAUUUUCCCACAUCACCAAACGAAGCCAGAUAUCCUCUUUCCUCUACGCCUUCGAAGACGUUCGCCAACCCCGCGCCAGGAGGCUACACGAACUCGAAGACGACAACCAUACAAUACUGCAGUUACCGCCGGGCCCAGCUCGGGAUGCCCGGAAUCACACAUGGGCGGAAGAGAAGAAAGCCAACGAUAACAGCUCGGAGGCAGAGGAUAUGGAGCUCCGGAGACAGUGGCAGGGGUUCUUUGAGAAUUGGGGAUACGAUGGGAGGGAUGCCGCAGAGAGUUGGUGGCACGAGUGGGGCGUGCUCGCACAGAGGGCUUUGCAGUCGCAGAGUGAUGCCGCUGCACAGGAUAAUUCAAAUCCAUGGGGACAGGCGAAUGGAAUCGGGCUCCAGUUCGGGCAGGUUGAUGUCGUGGUUUCCGAGGACUGA